GAUGAAGAAAUAAGCCUUUUGAAGAAACCAUGCUACAGCCGCUGUGGACCUUCAUCCUGGGACACUCGUCCGUCCUGCACUCACCUUUUUUCCCAGCGCUCUUCUCUCUGUCUGUCUACCUCAUCUUCUGUCUGCCCUUCAUCCUGCUGGACGUCCUGUCGUCCAGGUGGGCCCUGCCGCGCAGGUACAAGCUGCAAAAUCAGAGCGCCGUCAGCUGGUCCUCGGCAUGGAGCUGCUUUGCUCUGACGCUCUACAACCACCUGGUCUUCAUCUUCCCGCUGACACUGAUCCACUGGUACCUGAGACCUAUCCAGCUGCCUGCGGAGGCUCCGCCCCUGCACAGACUCCUGACAGGUGUGCUGGUCUGCCUGCUGCUCUUUGACCUCCAGAGUUUUCUGUGGCACCUGCUGCACCACCGGGUGGCCUGGCUAUACCGCACCUUCCACAAGGUGCACCACACCUUUGUCGCCACCUCCGCCCUCACCACAGAAUACACCGGAGCCUGGGAGACCCUCAGCCUCGGGUUCUUCGCCUCCAUCAAUCCCAUCAUGCUCGGCUGCCACCCGCUCACUGCACUCAUCUUCUUCGUCGUCAACAUCGGGCUCUCUGUGGAGGGCCACUGUGGCUACGAUCUGCCCUGGGCCACCCACCGUCUGGUACCACUCGGCCUGUAUGGUGGAGCCCCCCACCACGACCUACACCACCUCAAGUCCAAUUGCAACUACGCCCCCUACUUCACACACUGGGAUUGCCUGGCCGGGACACUGCAGAUUGCGAGACAGAGUUGAUGGAAAUAGGUCUGAACAAGCAGAUGUUUCAAGAUGUCCCAUAAAAGAUUUUGAAUUUUGAUUCGACUUUGCAGAUGAUGCUGCGAUCUUUUACCCUGAUUGCAGCAGUUGAGAUGCUGACGGAGGUAUCGGCAUGUCCUGGAUUGUCAUGGACCCAGACUAAGAUCCAGACUUUCAGUGGCUUCCUGGACUCGGCCAUCAGAAGUGUAUCUGUAUGGAGGUGAAAGUGUUGAACGUGUAGAGACGUUCACUGAUCUCACCGGUGAUGUUCAUGUCUCUGUGUCCUCUGCCUUUGAGAUCCAAAGACAUCUGAGAAGAUCUAAUAGCGUCAUGAGUCAAAGGUCACUUUGGAAGAUAUUUUGGCCCCACUGGGAUGACUUUGUGUCAAAUGAACGGUUUCUUCUGAAGACUGUGCUGGGGAGGCCAUGUGGCUGAGGGUUGAGGACAAGGACACACCUGCGAUUUCCCUGACUGCAACAAAUAAAUGGUUACUUGGGAGAUGUGGGGAUAGACUGGUUAUGUGCUUGGGUGGUUACCAUCCAGGAUCAAAACCAAUUCCAUGGUUUGGUCAGUGUGGCAGCACCAGCGUUCCCCCAAACACGACCCAUUGCUGGGAGGCAAAUCCUGACCUUCAACGCUGUGAUUAGUCCUACAGAGGGCCCCAACACCAGUAAUUCAUUAAUUUGAAUUAUAUAUUGGUGUAUAUGUACUGUGUACAUAUAUACAUAGUUGUGUAUGUUGUGUACUGUUAUAUUGUACAUAUUGUCUGUAUAUGUAUAGUAUA